AUGGCGGCUGAGAAGAAGGGUCGGGGUCCAUUUGAGAAGUUGGGGUUGUGUGAGGAUGUGAGCCGAGUGGCUACGAAGAUGGGUUACAGUUUGCCGACUCCGGUGCAGCGUAAGGUGAUUCCGGUGAUAUUAAGUGGCAUAGGAGAUGUGGUAGCGAAUGCGCGUACGGGUAGUGGUAAGACGGCGGCGUUUUUGUUGCCAUUAUUGCACCGGUUGGAGAGUCAUAGCAAGGUGGUAGGAGCGCGUGGGUUGGUGGUGCAGCCGACGCGGGAAUUGGCGAUGCAAUCUGGGUUGGUAUUGCGGAAGAUGUUGAUGAAAUUGGUCCAGACAAGUAGUAGUGAGUUGUUGAGAGUCUGCUAUCUUAUAGGUGGUAUGUCUAUGGCUAAGCAGUUUGAGCAUUUGAGUAAUAACCCGGAUAUCCUGAUAGUGACACCGGGGCGUUUGGUACAUCAUAUGGUGGAAGCAGACUAUGAGUUGGGUCGUGUGUGUAUGACUAUAUUUGAUGAAGCGGAUAUGUUGUUUGAGAUGGGUUUUGAGUCGGAUAUUAGUUAUAUUACGAGCAAGCUGACUUGGAACGAAAGACAAAGUGUGUUUCUCUCUGCCACUAUGCCUGCCCAAUUGGUUUCCUUCGCUCGCGGUCGGCUUUUCAACCCGCAAUACGUGCAAUUGGACAGUGAAAAUUCACUUCCAGACACGUUGGCACUUGAGUUGUACUUUAUACGUAGUCCUGACAAGACCGCGGCUUUGCUGUACUGGUUGUUCAACAUCAUGGAACCACAGACUCAAGCCAUUGUCUUUUGCUCCACUGCUCAUGUGGUCUCCUUCCUCGGUGAAAUCUUGACCAGACAUCAUAUCAAAGCCACACAACUUUGUGGACAACUUACCCAGUUUCAACGGCAAGAGGCUAUGAAAUCAUUCACGAAGAAACAAUCCAAUAUUCUACUAACCACCGACGUAGCCGCCCGAGGCCUUGAUAUCAACUCCCUACAUUACGUCGUACACUACUCGUUCCCGGCCAGCGCUAAAUUAUUCAUACACCGCUCAGGACGUACCGCCAGGAAAGGACAAAUGGGCACAUGCAUUUCUUUUAUAACCAAAGAAGAAUUUCCUUACCUUAUGGACCUGUUAUUAUUCUCCGGUAAGAAACUGAAAGUCGAAAAUAAAACCGCCGAUUCCAUCACACAAAUCGCAUCGGAACUUGGUUUGCAUUUUGACGAUGAAAAUCCUAAUGAGAUUGGGAAGGAUCAGAUGAAGAAGGAUCUGGAGAAGGUAGUAUCGCGGUCAUCUCAUGAGGGACUAGAUAUUGGCGGCUUCCCCGAUCUCAAUGAGUACCGGGAAAUGGUGGCGACUGCCAUUGUGGAAGACGACUAUGUGAAACGCCUCAUGGAGUCCAUGGGCGGUGGCGAGAUCAUGUAUAUGAAACAUAGACAACCAGCCAGUAAGCAGUCGCUACGACGCGGAGCUGAAGUUAUGCAGAUGCUUGGAGGUCCAAACUCCAUAGCCGAUUCCGUGCAUCCGUUACUGACUCAGCGAUCCAAUGUCGACAACAGUGCCUCCAAGUUUAUUACAACCUCUCCCGGUCGAGGACUCCCUGAAAUUUUCGGUACCAAAAAUGACCACAUCAAAACUGACCAGAUCAAAGUUAAGAAAGAAGAACAAUCUGCCGCAAAUGUGUUUCGAACUGACGAAAUUAUUGAACUCGACAAAGACCUGCUAAGGUCCUUCCGGCCCACUCGCGGAAAAGGUAUUGGCGUGGCCAAAGCUGUCUUCAUGGACAUGAAAUCCAUGAUGCAAAAAAGGCAGGAUAUAUCUGAAGCGGCCGUCAAAGGGUUAAAAGCUUUGGAAUCUAGCGAUGAAGAGGAACCCUAUAGGCAUACAAAUCAACCUCUUCCUAGUCACCCCGAUGCGAAUGAUUAUUCACAUGGGGAAGAUGUUGACCGGGAAGAUGUUGAUGGGGAAGAUGUUGAUGGGGAAGAUGUUGAUGGGGAAGAUGUUGAUGCAGAUUCGAAGCUACUGAAUCGGAGACCAGCAAAACCGCGAAUGAGUAGAGCGGCUCGUCGGAAGCUUAAGGAGGGCUGUGCAAAUGCUCAUCGUACUUCAUCGUUACGACAAAGGCAAUUAGAGUCGAUUAGCGAUUUUGCAUUGCAAUCUGAUAAGCGGGAUGAAGCUACGGUUGCGCGUGAAAUGGGGCUCUCAUUGAAUAGCGGAGUCGUUAUGCAGAACGAGGCUUUUGGAAUUAUCGGGGACGACCAGGAAUCCAUGAAGAAGACGAAGAAGGUUAUGAAGUGGAACGUCCGAAAGAAGACUUACGAGACCACCGACAUCAAUCGAGCGGGACAGAAGGUCAAGACCGAUUCGAGCGCGAAAAGUAUUGUCGAAAGCAAAGGCCUCUAUAAACGAUGGGCAGCCCAGUCCGAUCGACGGAUUCAAGCCGUUGGAGAACGUGAGGACGCGCACUUAUCUCGGACCUUCUCGGGGAGGAGGCGCCCAGAGGUAGAGGCGGAGCCAACCGAGGUCAUUCCCCUCCGAGAACUUACCAAGAAUCAAGAGCUCGUCCGAAAGAUAGAACAAAAACUGCCUUUAACAAACAGGGAACAGCGCAGGCGAAAGGCGCUGUUGAAUCGACAAGCAAACCCAAUAAUCACUGGAACUACUAAGAAUACGAGCACCUCCAAGAAUACAAAAACCAAAAGCUCUUACAACGAAGGCGCUGGGCGCCUCACGCGGAAGCAACGAGCCAAGGGACAGAGAUCCAGAGCACAGAGCCAACGAGUCUUCAGGGGCAUGGUCCAGAAGCAGAUGAAAAACCGCUCCAAAAAAUAG